AUGAGAAGUGUGAUAGUUGUACCUGUGAUUGUUGGAUCACUCGGCAGUGUAACGAAGAAACUGGAUGAUUGGUUAGAAAAACUGGAUAUCACAAAUAAGGUAAACGACGUGAACGGGACUGGAACUGGUAACAGUGAAAACGUCCGGCAGGGAAAUCAUAUGGAAGAAAGAGAAGUCGAAAUAGAGCAAAUUGAAUCCAAUGUGAGAGGUAGUCAGAUUGAAAUUGAGUUUGCAGAGCUCAGGCAAGAAGACAUUGAAUUAGUAAUAUUGAACAACACUAAUGACAUGCAUGAUGUGAUCAAAGCUGUAGUUAUACUUACCAGUGAAAGAGUUGGUGUAAAGAGAAAGAGAGAACAAAAGAGGCGUAUUAAAAAUGAUAUUGGCAAACUCAGGAAAGACCUCAGCCGUACUGAAACAUGGUUCAAAGGAAACUGGAUAAAUGGUGUUGUAAGCCUUGGUAGGGAGAGGAAAAGUGAACUAGUAGCGCCUGAUGCAGAGGCAUCUAGAGAGUUUCCAAGCAACUUAUGGGACAAUCCAACUCAGCUAAAUGAAAGCCUAGGUUACGCAGACGAACACCAAGAAGCUACAAAGAAAGUCAAGAAAGCACUUCAUAAGGAGAUUACAAGACAGUCAACAAGAACAUCAAGAAGAUGGAAGGACUACUGUGCUGAACUAUUUGGCAGGGAAGAGCAUGGACAGGAGGAGAUAGAGAGAGGUGAGGAAAAGCCACUGGUCUUGGAAGCCGAUAUUGAAGCUGCAAUCAAAAAGGCAAAGAAAGGAAAGGCGUUCGGAAUAGACGAAGUUCCAGCGGAAGCUUUGAAAGCAGGAGGGGAAACAAUCCCUGGAACCCAAGAUUGCACUAAAUACCGAACAGUGAGCCUAAUAACCCAUGCCUCAAGGAUACUGCUUGAAAUUCUGCGACAAAGGCUGGCACAUUAUUUGGUUCCACAAAUCGCAGAAGAGCAAUUUGGCUUCACUGCAGGAAAAGGGACAACAGAGGCAAUCCUAGUGUUGAGGAACAUCAUACAGAAGGUAGCAAAGAAGCAAGAGGCUGACCAAGUCUGGUUCCUGUUUGUGGACUACUCUAAGGCUUUCGAUUCAGUGUACCAUGAUGCACUGUGGAAGACCCUCUUAGACCUUGGAGUCCCAAGUCACUUGACAUGGCUACUGAAAGGAUUGUACAACUGA